CUCCAAGAUGGCGUCUUUGCUGCAAUCAGAGCAGGUUCUCUAUCUAGUCCAGGGAGAAAAGAAGGUUCGGGCCCCGCUCUCGCAGCUUUACUUCUGCCGUUAUUGCAGUGAGCUGCGGUCGCUGGAAUGUGUGUCUCACGAGGUGGACUCCCAUUAUUGUCCCAGUUGCCUAGAAAAUAUGCCAUCGGCUGAAGCCAAACUGAAAAAGAAUAGAUGCGCCAAUUGCUUUGACUGUCCUGGCUGCAUGCAUACCCUCUCUACCCGGGCAACAAGUAUCUCUACACAGCUCCCAGAUGACCCAGCCAAAACCACCAUGAAGAAAGCCUAUUACCUGGCAUGUGGAUUUUGUCGCUGGACAUCUAGAGAUGUGGGCAUGGCAGACAAAUCUGUGGCUAGUGGUGGUUGGCAAGAACCUGAAAAUCCUUACACACAAAGGAUGAACAAACUGAUUGAAUAUUACCAGCAGCUUGCUCAGAAAGAGAAGGUUGAACGAGAUCGCAAGAAACUAGCACGGCGUCGAAAUUAUAUGCCUCUGGCUUUUUCGGACAAAUAUGGUCUUGGAACCGGGCUUCAGCGACCACGAGCUGGUGCAUCCAUCAGUACCCUUGCUGGACUUUCCCUUAAAGAAGGAGAGGACCAAAAAGAGAUAAAGAUUGAGCCAGCUCAGGCUGUAGAUGAAGUGGAACCUCUACCUGAAGACUAUUACACAAGACCAGUAAAUUUAACAGAAGUAACUACUCUUCAGCAGCACCUCUUACAGCCAGACUUUCAACCAAUUUGUGCUUCACAGCUCUAUCCUCGCCAUAAACAUCUUCUGAUCAAACGGUCCCUACGUUGCCGGAAAUGUGAACAUAAUUUGAGCAAGCCAGAAUUUAAUCCAACAUCUAUCAAAUUCAAAAUCCAGCUUGUUGCUGUCAAUUAUAUCCCAGAAGUGAGAAUCAUGUCGAUUCCCAACCUUCGCUACAUGAAGGAGAGCCAAGUCCUCCUGACUCUUACAAAUCCAGUGGAGAACCUCACCCAUGUGACGCUGUUGGAAUGUGAGGAGGGGGACCCUGAUAAUAUUAACAGCACUGCUAAGGUAGUGGUGCCUCCCAAAGAGCUUAUUUUAGCUGGCAAGGAUGCAGCAGCAGAAUAUGAUGAGUUGGCAGAACCCCAGGACUUUCAGGAUGACCCUGACAUUAUAGCUUUCAGAAAGGCCAACAAAGUGGGUAUUUUCAUCAAAGUGACCCCACAACGUGAGGAGGGUGAAGUGACCGUGUGCUUUAAGAUGAAGCAUGAUUUUAAAAACCUGGCAGCCCCCAUCCGCCCCAUCGAAGAAAGUGACCAGGGCACAGAAGUCAUCUGGCUCACGCAGCAUGUGGAACUCAGCUUGGGCCCACUUCUUCCCUGAAGGGUUCCACUGGCAGGCAGAUCCCA